AUGACGUUAGUCCCAGUGUCAGAGGAUAACCCCUUCCAAUCUUUGAUUGCGGAAGUAAACAACGAUUCGGCAAUCCUACAAUCUCGGUAUGAGAACCACCGAGUAGCUCGCAAUAGCCAGCAAAGUGCAAAGAUCCUAUCCGACAGCUUUCCUGGCUGGUCACUUGACGAGAUUUUGAAGCGACUCGAUGGCCCUGAAAAGGAAGAUGGAUUUGUCGAUCCUCGAAACUGUCUUGUCAUCUGGGCCAGACCCUCACCCCAAGUUCGCGACCUGAUAUGCUUUAUCCAGAAUGAGUUGAAGAGCAUUUCUCCUUCACUCUGGCUCAUGCCGCCUGAAAACCUUCACAUCACCGUCUUGGAAGCUGCCCAUUCCCUGACGGAAGAGCAAAUUGAAGAACUUGUCCAGACGCUCCUGUCAUCCAAGGACAUCACAUCUGCAGAUAUCGCAGCGUAUCCACGCAGCCGCCCUACACGUCUCAUCAAGCCUAUGGUAAGCUUUGAUUCCGCCGCACUGGCGCUCAGCUUUGUUCCGGCUGCUGGUGAGUGCCUAGAAGCGGAAUCUGGUAGCGAUAACGAGCAAUACUCGUACCAUCAUCUUCGCCGAGAUGUGUUUGACUUGGUCCGACAAACCAAGGUCCCUGUGGCUUCGCGUUAUAUUGUUCCCUCGGCGCAUCUCACUAUUGCAAGGUUCAUUUCUCAGGACGGGUUUGCGGUCAAGGGAUCGGAUGGCGCAGAGACGGUUGAUCAUUCACGCGUCAAGUUGUUGGUUGAUAAAAUUGGUGAGAUUAACCAGAAGCUGGAGGAUGAGUAUUGGCCUAAGGAGGGUGCCAUCAGGGAGGGGGGUGAAUGGAUUGUUGGGCAAGAGGGCCUGGUAAUUCGGAGAGGUCGUGUCUGGUAUGGAGGCGGCGAGUAUGUGCCACUUGAGUAG